AUCUCAAACAGAUUUAACUGGGGCCAAUCUCCCCCUCUUCUUUCAAACCCGGUCCACCACGCGAGCAGCCGAUUCUGGAAAAGUCUUUCCAUCCACUCCGAGUCUUGAUUGUGAGGUUGUGUGUCAAGGGUGACGAAUCUUGUUCGGAAUGCUUGUUUCUAUUUAAGCAAUAUACAGUCAUGGGUGGCAAGUAUAAGUCUGUUGGUCUUUCUCGACUUUGGGAGUUUCUCUUUUCCUUCAGCUCACUGCAGUUGUUCAUUCGCUUUGCUCUGCUCUGCUCUUAUCUGCUCGUCUCCAGUCUUGACUAAUUCCUGUAUAUAAUAUUUACGAACCUCCUUUUAAAUAUGAAGUUCACCACAUCCCUCGUCUCGGCCGCCUUGGCUAUCACAGCCAUGGCAAGCCCAACUCCCGUUGCAGUUGGGAAACGGGACCAAACGCUGUGUGGAAGCUUUGGAUCGAUAGCUACGGCAGGAGUAGUGAUAUACCACAACAACUGGGGAGCAGGUCAAGCAUCAUCAGGAAGCCAAUGCACGACUUUCACCUCCGUUAGCAGUGCGAAAUCCUUCGUUUGGUCGACCAGUUGGUCGUGGGCUGGUGGACAAGGUCAAGUGAAGUCUUACUCCAAUGUUGCACUUGAGAAGGUCAACAAGAAGAUUUCGGAAAUCUCAUCGAUUCCUUCAACUUGGACUUGGAGGUAAGGAUUAUAUCCCCCCUUUUCCAAACUACUCCACACCGAAUUUCUGAUAUUAAUUGUAAUGUAGAUACACUGGCGACAACAUGGUCGCAGACGUCUCCUACGACCUCUGGCUCGCUCCCUCCGUCGGCGCCAACAACCAAUACGAAAUCAUGGUCUGGCUCGGAAGCUACGGCGGCGCGGGACCCAUCUCCUCAACCGGAUCCACGAUCGCGACACCUACCAUUGCUGGUACGAAAUGGAACCUGUUCAAGGGUCCCAAUGGAGACACCACUGUUUUCUCCUUCGUUGCGCCAAGCAACAUUGGGAAUUUCCAGGCUGAUCUCAAAUUAUUCUUUAACUACUUGACGAGUAGCCAGGGAGUGAGCACCAAUUCCGUGGUUACUAGUUUGCAAGCUGGGACGGAGCCUUUCUCUGGUAUGUUAUUUUCAUGAUUUCUUUUGUCCUUGUGGUGAAGGAUGGAUGCUAAUUUUGUUUUUCUAGGCUCUAAUGCUGUCUUCAAGACUUCGGCAUAUACUAUCAGUGUGAAAUAAGGGAUUGAAGCUGAGGAUUCACGGAUCUGUUGGUAGCGACUACCACGUAGCAAGUCGAGUACUUCAUUUGUAUAUAUUAUAUG